AACUCACUCAACACACUCACCGACGACGACAACGUCGCCUCAACAUACUAGACCCUCCGCUCAGACCCCGCCCGCCUCCGUCAAAGUCGGCGUUCAGGCUUCUCGCACUCUCCUCCUCAUGGGUUUCACGCUCGGCAGUCUCGCCGUCAUGUCUGGUUUUCGGCCGCUCCAGCCAUCUACAUUCUCCAGGUUCUCUGCGCUCUUCCAACUCAGGUCUAUGCUCUUGUCCGUCGUGGUCUUCUUUGUCUUGCUUGUCCUUGCCUAUUUGACCAAUCCGUCGGAGACCUCAUUCCGCGCUUUCCUCACCGAGCAGGCUUUCCGCCACCAUCUCAGCAGACUCGACGAUGCUGACACCCAGGACGAGUUGGAGUCUGCGGGCUCGUCCACAAAGACUGAUGCUCUCUAUCGGCGGGGUCCAAGCAGCUUUCACAAGAAUCGGUCUAUCACUGCAAUUUCGUCUCCGCCAUUUCCUUUCGCCAGUCGAGCCUCUGUCUCGCUGCGUACCCCCAAACAUAUUUUUCGGUCUUUUGGCAUUUUUUCUAUCGCAGCGGUCGUUCCAACUUCGUCGUCACAUCGAUCAUCGCCUAUUCGAGGCCAGCGUGGUGACGAGUCCGCCACUCGGACCGAUAGAGAUGGCGCCUCGAACGCGUCUACUGCGUUAAUUUCCGACUCGUGGUUUAUCGGGGCUUUCGGCAUGUGGUUUUGGGCUGUCAAUUUAGAUGGGCUGUGGAAGGAUGCUGGGCUGAUUGAGAAGGAUGAGGCAGAUGGAACGAUUACUGGCGUUUUGGAAAUAAAAGCCCUUGAUCGAUCUGAUGAUUCUAAUCGCUCUUCUCAUGCGCAAUAUGGGAACGGUAAUUUAAAUCAUGGUCAGCGAACAAGUCCGAAGUUACGAUCGCGUGAACGGUUUGCACAUCAGAAUGGCAACGCGCUCAGUCAUCGCAGUCAAACGCCCCCGCCUUUGCCGAAGUCUGCUUCACUGCCACUGCAUACUAAAAGAGGAUCUCAUACACUGCAGUCUGACAAGGCACUUAAUGGUGGUCCCAAUAGUCAUCACUCGAACAACAACUCUUUCACGGAUCCAUCGGUGCCAUCAGGUGUAAUUCAACCUCCGAUCUCAAUCACGCCGGAAUUUUGUUCUGUCAAUGCGACUUCCUUGCCUGUGCUAGCGCCAUCAAGCACGCCCUCUGCUUCCCCGUCAAGAUCACCUUCCACUCUGUUUGCCUCUUCGCCUUUGAUUGCAGAGAUCUUGCGGCAAAUCUCUUCGUCGCAAAGCGCAAUUUCGGAUUUACAUGCUCAACUAAGGGAUUUCAACGCUUCGUCGACUCAGGCACGUAAUGCACUGGACGACGAACUGGCAAGACAGCGCGAGCGUAAACGGGCUGAUGACGCGGCCAAAGCUGAGUUAAAAGCACAUACAAAGACACUAGAAGACCAGAAACGUUCGACCGAGGCCGCACGACGUGAUGCAGAGAAGCGAUUAAGAGCUGCACAAUCGGAAAGGGGCAAGGCAGAAGCUCGAAUAGAACGUUCUGAACGUGAGAUCAACACGUUGCAAACUCAGAUGGAGGCACAUGGUGCUGCUAUUGUAUCGUCGGGGGUGGAGACUGGUGCAUUAGUGACGGACCUUCAAGAGCAAAUUGAAGAGAAGCGUUCCGAAGUCCGAACUGUGGAGGAUGAGUUGGCACAACUUAGCUCACAAUUGCGGGAGAUGGAAGAGAAAGUCAGCGAUGAAGAACAUCGUUUGGAGGUUGCGAAGGCGGAGGCGGAUGAAAGGAGGCAGAAAUCCAACGCGGCGUACCUAUACUCCCAGCAUACAUCGUACGGUGACAGAUCCCUUCUGACGUACACGAACGGGAGUAACACCGGUGCAAGCUAUCAGUUUCCACAAUUACAAGUCAAGCCAUCGGAGGGUAAAUUCACUGAUAAGAUGGAUGUUCAACCGUCAUCUCCUAUCAGGAAGUCUAUUCCCGAUUCACCGCUCAGUACUGCACCUGCAGAAGCUCACACUUACCAUGUGUCCCGACCCGGUCCACCUAUUCCGACGCCUUUAGACGCGAAUCUAGCAAAUGGGUAUUCGCCUUUUAACUUGGAUUUCGGGUCUCAUCGCCCAAAUAGGAAUUCGCUUCCACAUAAAUUUGCACCCUUCAGCAGCGAGCUUGCUUCACCUGGUCCAAUCUCCCCGACCGGCGAGAGUCUUCUUCCUAGUAGCUUGUACGAGUCGUUGGGGAUGGCUAUUCCGAUCAACACUGACUCACCUGUAAGCGCUACGUCCAUGGACAUCUCACGUUCCUUCCAAUCAGAGGACGACGCUGUUCUUGACCGCAAUUGGCCUGUGCAUCGUAAGCUCUCAGUCGGAGAUGUCGGCCAACCAGUGAUGUUCCCUUCAUCGAGUCCUGGUGUGCAUACAUCACCUGUAUCUCCUGCUGCAUCUACAUACAGCCCUGAUACAUUGGAAGCAUACGAGAUGGGCCAGAAAGUCCGCGAACGUACUACUUCUCAACCCAUGGACCUACAGCGUGCCACGUUCCCGAGUAGGUCAUCCGGCGCGAGUUUUGCGCUUCGUCAGGCUUUGAUUCCAUAUGCAUAUGACGAUCAUGUCGAAGCCGCAGCAGAUACAUCGGGGCGUCGAUCUGGGUGGUUCGCUUCGCACAAGGAUAAGUGCUCGAAGACUUCACCAGAGAAGAAAGGUCUGAACCCCGAUGCGAAGGAGUUCAGUCUGUCGAAGGAUAAGGAACGCUCGUUCUCUGCGCUUCUUUCUCGUUCGCGUGGAUCGGGACACAGCUCGAGCUCGGGGACGUCUUCUACGCCUUCCAGUGCAUCGCUUUCGACACCGGAUUCUUCGUCCCUUGUUAGCUCGCCUUCGUUAAGCUCUGCAACGACUGUUAAGAACGGCUCUCCACAGGGACAAAGUACGCCUGCUGCUGCCCCUCGUACAACAACUGCCGCGUCUUUGCUAGGCUUUGGAUCGUCCUGGUUCGGAGGAUCUUCGCGUGCCUUCGCGCCGACGCCUCUUGAGCGUGAACAACUCAGCCGUGCGCUUGGCGGAACGGCCAACUCGAGUCUUGACAAGCUGGAUGGGUUCCCGAGCUUGCCUAUAUCACCUCAAUCAAAGCCUGCGCUCGUGCAUAGUAAUAGCCAAGCCCCUACUCGGCCGUGGGAUACGAAUGUAGCGUUCGGGCUACGUGUUAAUGGCUCGAAGGGAUUCUCCCCGUUCGAAGAUGACGAGCCGAAAGUGACUAGCUUGCACUCUGGGUCUGGUAGCUCUUCCGAAGAGAGUGCGGAGAGCAGUAAGGAGGGUUCGCACUAACGCGUGAAUGGGGAACGUGGUGAAGUGAUGUAGCAGUUCUGUGUGUUGUAGUCCCACCAUAAAUAUUCGAGGGUACUGUGUGCUGUGGGAAGCGAAGCGAAGGAUUUAUUAUUGUGUUGUGGAAGGUUAGUUGCACGUUAUUGGGCGAUAGGGAGAAUGGCGAAGAGGAAAAAGUAUUAAAAAGAGAAAUUGACAUCGUUAUCGUUACCUGAUCUUGCAAAAUGCUAACGGCAUACAUACAUAACAUAACAUAACUAUAUAGUCAGUCUAUCAAUAUCUCACCUGCCCACAUAUCUGUCUUGCCCUUGCCCUUGCCCCUGCCGUCAUUACCAAGCCUGAGCUACAGUUCCUCGCAUUGCAGUAGUAAUCAUCCCUUCGUCCACCCUCUGUUUCUUCUCAUUGGUGCCUUGUACUGAAAGAUCCAAAUGCUGAAUUAGCAUACACACUCAUUCCUGCCCUGUCUGUCUCACAA